UAUCCCCAGAGAACUAUGAUUUUAUUAAUAAAUUCACAGAUUGGGACUUGAAACUGCAACAAACAAUGGUGGAAAUGUUUCCCCUUAGAUCAGAGGAUGCUGCUUAUAGCAAGGUCAAGGGAAUGCUUUCAACUCUUGGAGACCCUUUUACACGAAUUAUAAGUCCCAAGGAAUAUCAAAGUUUUAGAAUAGGAAGUGAUGGAAAUUUGCAAGGAGUUGGUCUCUUCAUCAAUGUUGAGCCAAGGACUGGACACCUGGUUGUCUUGUCAUGCAUACAGAAUAGCCCUGCCGCACGUGCUGGUAUACAUGAAGGAGACGAAUUAAUUGAAAUAAAUGGUACCAACAUUAACUGAACUUGAUUGUCAAAUACUUGGAGAAAAAAAUAUCAAUUACCAGUAUUCAAAAUACUAAGAAGCCAAUAUUU